AUGUCGUUCCAUCCAUAUCCCCUGCGUCCUGCCCACACUGCUGGCCUUACUUCUCCCACCACGGCGACGCAUGACAGUAGCACGUUAUCUAUCAGUACAUCCGCUAUCAACCGCUUCCCUUCCACCGCGUCAUCAUCGGCAUCUUCAGGCUAUUCCUCGACAUCGAUCCACAGUGCCGAUUCCCAGUUCUUUUCGGCAUCCAGCAACUACGGCUUGGUCGCUGGCUCCAAACACAAGCGUGGCCAGAGCGAUGUUCUAGCUAGGGCGCGAACCUUUGAAGCUGUUGCCACCAGCAACUGUAAAAAGGCACCAGACAACCCCCCGACCACACCUCCUCGCCAAUCCUUUCGACCCUUGCCCCCAGCUCCUGUUUCAUCCCCACGGACUGGUGGCCAUGCCGCCUUGCCUCAGAAAUCUUCCAGGCACGAACGUGGAAAGAGCGUGGACAUUGGAAAACUUUCCCUCUCUCAGUAUGACGGGGCUACGGGGUCGCCCACAUCUCCGCCCCGUCCGCCAAUGAUGAGACCAAACUCGAUGCUCUUGACUCGAUCCGACUCGAUAAUUCGCAGUAAGGCCACCAAAUCGCAUGCCGGCGGCUCCCCUCAGGCAACUCACACAACUCAUAUCGGCCGGCCGGAUCUUGAGCUGCUUGGGCGAUCUUCUACUCGGGAGCUUCGCACCUUGUCGCGGCUGGUCGAGUCCGAUGCCGCCGAAGACUUCACCAUUACAUCGCCCGCCCAGGAAGUCGUCGGGCUGCGGGGUCGACGUCGACUGCAACGCGCGGACCGCACAAACUCCGCUGGCGGGACCAGAUCCGGCGGGUACGGAUGGGAAGGUCGCAACUGGAUGGAUAAGCAGCGCCAGUUUCUUCAGGCCUACGAAUAUCUAUGCCACAUAGGGGAAGCCAAAGAGUGGAUCGAGGAUGUCACACAAAAGUCUCUCCCAGCCAUCGUCGAACUGGAGGAGGCUCUGCGAGAUGGCGUGACUCUGGCCAAUGUCGUUGAGGCGUUGAAUCCAAACAAACGGUUUCGAAUAUUUCACCAUCCCAAGCUCCAGUUUCGUCACUCGGACAAUAUUGCCAUUUUCUUCCGAUAUCUUGACGAAGUCGAACUCCCUGAUCUCUUCCGAUUUGAACUGAUAGACCUCUACGAAAAGAAAAACAUACCCAAAGUCAUUUACUGCAUUCAUGCUCUCAGUUGGCUGCUGUUUCGCAAGGGUAUUGUCGACUUUCGCAUCGGCAAUCUUGUUGGCCAACUGGAGUUUGAGCAUCAUGAACUGGAGGCGAUGCAGAAGGGACUGGACAUGCUUGGGGCUAACAUGCCAAGCUUCGGUAAUAUGGGAGCUGAUUUUGGGGUCCCCGAGCCUGAACCGGAAGAAACAGAGGAGGAGCGAAUCGACCGCGAACUCGCCGAAAACGAAGGCUGUGUCGUCGAUUUACAAGCUCAAGUUCGGGGAGCCCUGCUCAGACUGCGACUCGGAGAAAGAAUGCAGCGGUUUUGGGACGAAGAGGAUUGGUUGAUUGACCUGCAAUCACGAAUUCGUGGCGAUUUCAGCCGACAAAUUAUGAGCUACCGGCUACAAAUGCGGCGAUCGGCCAUAUUGGUGCAGAGCGCGGUGCGCGGAUUCCUGGUCAGGGAACGGCUGAAACGAAGCGAGAGCUUCUGGAGGACCCUCGAGCCGGAUGUCCUGGAGCUGCAAAGCAUGGUACGGGCAAACAAGGCUCGCCGCGACGUACGAGACGUAUUGUGCCAGUUGGGGGGCUGCAGGGGGCUCGUCCGGGAAAUCCAGGCAGUUUCCAGAGGCUUCUUGCUCCGCAAAACUUUGGCAGCUCAGCACAAAGAGACAGAGAUGACAUCUGACAAUGUCGAGAGGCUUCAGGCAUUUGCUCGCGGAAUGGCAUCCCGGGUCAAGGUGAACGAGAAUCUGCUGCUGCUGGAGGAAGAGGCCAAAACCAUUGCUGCACUGCAAGCUGCUGCGAGGGCUUUACUCACUAGAACUCGGAUUGAUCGCGAGCAGCAGCACCUACGGGGGCUUGCGCCUCAAUGGGAAGCACUGCAAAGUAUUGUACGAGGCAAACUGUUUCGAGAGAAACUGGAGGCAUGCAAAGAUGAAGUUCGGAAGCAUGAUUUUGAUAUCGGACAGCUGCAGGCUGUUAUACGUGCUGGAGCCGUUCGUCGUGAAGUAAAAAAGCAGCUGGAUUCUCUCGACGCAAAUCUCGAAGCCAUUCUGUCUCUUCAGUCAAGCGCCAGGGGCAUGCUAGAGAGACGCAAAGUGUCGGCCUUGGGAAGACAGCUCAAUCUUCACGAGGCCCGCAUCAUGGACCUGCAAGGGCUAUGCCGAGGCUACAUCAGCCGAAAACACGGCACGGCACUACUAGACGAACUUUGCUCCCACGACGAGGCGACAGCUACGUUUCAAGCCAUCCUGAAAGCCAUGAUAGCCCGAGCUAGAGUUGACGACGUACUCACCGAGCUUGAGGAAGAAGAGGCGUCUAUUGCUGCUUUUCAAGCUGGCGCAAAGGCUUCUAUUGUGCGCGCCAGGUUCGAGGAGAAGAAGCGAUACUUUAACGAAAACAUGAAGAAGGUUAUCAAGAUUCAGAGCUUCGUCCGAGCCAAGGUUCAGGGCGAGGCUUACAAGAGCUUGACAACUGGCAAGAACCCCCCCGUCAACGCCGUGAAGAAUUUUGUCCACCUUUUGAACGACAGCGACUUUGACUUCAACGAAGAGGUCGAGUUUGAGCGCAUGCGCAAGACUGUUGUCCAACAAGUGCGCCAAAAUGAGCUGCUGGAGCAGUAUAUCGAUCAGCUCGACAUAAAGAUUGCUUUGCUCGUCAAGAACAAGAUUACUCUUGACGAAGUCGUCCGACAUCAGCACAACUACGGAGGAAGCUCGAUGGGCCUCUUGGCAAGCAGUACAAUCACUUCAGCCAACCAAUUUGAUCUGAAAGCCCUGAACAAAAGCUCGCGAAAGAAGCUAGAGUCUUAUCAACAACUCUUCUUCACUCUGCAAACCCAGCCUCAGUACCUUGCCCGGUUGUUCAAGCAUCUGCGUGAAAACGGCACAUCUGAGAAGGAAGGCAAGAGAAUCGAGCUUCUCGUCAUGAGUCUGUUUGGCUAUGCGCAGAAGCGACGUGAGGAGUACUAUCUCUUGAAACUGAUUGCGAGGGCUGUUCGGGAAGAGAUUGAAGGAAGCAGAGCGAUUCAGGAGUAUAUCCGAGGCAACUACUUUUGGCCCAAGCUGCUGGGCAACUACACCCGAUCACCCAGAGAUCGAAAGUACUUGCGCGGCGUUCUGGGACCUCUUAUACGCGACAAUAUCAUCGAAGACCCUGCCUUGGACUUGGAGAGCGACCCCAUGCAAAUCUACCGCUCUGCCAUCAAUAACGAAGAACUCCGGACCGGGCGCCCCGAUCACCGGCCCCUUGACGUGCCGCGAGAGGUGGCGAUUAGAGAUGCCGAAACUAGACGCCUCUUCAUAGACCAUCUACGGGACUUGCGGGAGAUUUGCGACCAGUUCUUCCUGGCCUUGGAGGACAUGGCUCCCAAGAUGCCAUAUGGCACCCGAUUUCUCUGCGGCCAGAUGUUCCAGGCUCUUUGUCAACACUUCGGCCGCGAGCCCCAGGAAAAUUUGCUCCAGAUUGUCGCCAACUGGUUGUGGAAAUUCUACCUCCAACCGGCGUUGACCAUGCCGGAACAGGUGGGCGUCAUUGAAAGAUCGCUCAGCCCGCUUCAGAGAAGGAACCUGAGCGAGGUGGCCAAGGUCAUUGGGCAGAUUGCGUCUGGGCGACCUUUUGGCGGCGAAAACAUUUAUCUGCAGCCGCUGAACAACUUUGUCACGGAUUCUGUCCAGCGCCUCCGACAGAUUCUGCAGAGCCUGAUUUCCGUCCCUGACGCUGAGCAAACAUUUGAUAUUGACGAGUUCAACGACCUGUACGCCAAGAACAAACCAACCUUGUACAUCAAGAUGACGGACGUGUUUGCCAUUCACCACCUGGUGGUGUCUCAUCUCCCCUUCUUGUGCCCUUCGCGCGAUGAUGUGCUUCGAGACAUCAUUCAAGAGCUGGGUAACGUUAAGAGCAACGAGAGCGAGAUGAACGCCGCCGGAUCGUCUGAUAUACAAAUGUUCUUGACCCCGAAAAUUCACGACGUCCAAGAUCCCGAAGAAGACAUCAAGGCACUCUUCAUGGAAACCAAGCGCUGCGUCCUGUACAUCAUCCGUGUGCAGACGGGUACCAACCUGCUGGAGAUCUUGGUCAAGCCCAUCUCCAACGAAGACGAGGGAAAAUGGCAAUCUCUGUUGCACGAAGACUUUUCCUGUGGCAAAGACACGCGCGGAGCGUAUUCGGACUCGAACAUGGUUGACGUGACUAGAAUGUCGUAUUACGAACUCAAGCGUACGGCGCUUGAAAACAUCAUGAGGCUGGAACAGAUGGGACGUAUUUCGAAACAAAACUACUACCAAGAUGUUCUGAACGCCAUUGCCAGCGAUAUCCGAACCAAGAGCCGCCGAAGGGUGCAGAGACAACGGGAACUGGAGGGCGUCCGACUCACCUUGGGCAACCUUUACGACAAGGCAAAGUACCUGGAGCAACAGAGGAAGACGUAUGACGACUACAUUGAGCAAGCGAUGGUGACGCUACAAAACAAGAAAGGGAGAAAGAAGUUUAUCCUCCCCUUCACCAAGCAGUACAACCACCAGCGCGAGCUUGAACGAAGUGGCCGCGUUCCCAAGUUUGGAAGCUACAAGUACAGCGCUCGCGCCCUUUCGGAAAAAGGUGUGCUGGUUUCGUGGGACGCAUUGGGCGAUCGCGACUGGGACAAGAUUAACAUUACUAUUUCGUGCGACGAGGUUGGCGUCUUCGUGAUUGAGGGAUCGCGCGGUCAUAUCCAGAUGCCUGGAGCCAGCGCCAUGGUGCCCAUCGAGGACAUGCUGCAGGCACAGUUUGAGGCUCACCAGUUCAUGAACUUGUUUGAGGGAAGUCUCAAGCUGAACGUCAACCUCUUACUACAUCUUGUGUAUAAGAAGUUUUAUGGUACAUGA